UUGCAUACAAAAUAUAAAUGGAAAAGGCAAUAUAUAGUGAAUCAUCUUCAGAGACUGAAACUGAAGAAGAUGAGGAAAGUGAAGACCAAGAAGAUGAAGAAGAUACUAAAAAAACAGCUGUUUCAAACAAGGGUAGCAAUAAAAGUAAAGUCCAAAACAAGAAAUCACCACCAGUGAAAUUUCCAACAGGUCAAAAAAAGAUUUCACCUCCAAAAGUAAAAGAAGAAAAAGAAACCAAGCCAAUUUCUGUUAAAAAGAAGCAACCAGGACGAAGCUCUCUUCUCACUGGACGUGGUGUAACAACACAAAUGCUCAUUGAUGAACAAAUCUUAGAUCCUGGCGAAAAAUGUCUGACUAUAAAUUACCUCGGUAGAAAAUUUGUUGGAGAUCUCAACACCGAUGGAACAAUCAAAUGUCACAAUGCCAAUCAAAACUUCAGUUCACCUUCAGCCUGGGCUAUGUAUUGUAAGAAGCAAGUAAACCCUGACAAAAAAUCUGGGUGUGGUUGGGCAUCUGUGAAAUACAAAGGCAGGAAGCUUGACGAAUUCAAAUCAACAUGGUUUAGAAAACAGAAGAUAGCACAAGCUGUUGCAGCGUCUUCAGAAAAGGAUACUGUGGAGUAUACUUCUCCAAUGAAAAUUGAUAUCAAAAGUUCCAAACCAACCAGAAGUCCAGCAAAGGGUCGUCUUAAAAGCCCUCUAGUAAAAAGUCCUUCACAAGAUCGUGAACUACCAUCUGGCUAUGUUCCUCCAACUCAAAAUUAUCUAACCUUUAGUGAAGCAUUAAAAGCAGUACAAACUGGAAAACCAGUUAGUACUUUCUCGAGAAUGGCUGAAAGAAGUGCUACGCUAAAUACAGACACGAAAAUGUCUGUGCAAGCCAAUUCUCAAAAACCAUCAAGUCCUGGUGGUUAUGAAUCCAGUACUGUAUAUCACACAUCACAACAAAAAGUUCCAAGAAAAAGAGUUAAUCGAACAAGGAUAUCCGUCAAACAUUCGAUGAUUCAACCAGACAGCGACCCAACGACACUGGUGGAGUGUGCACAGUUUCAAUCUACUGGAAAGAUACAACCCUUCUCCAUCGCUAUUUCAACCAGCGCUCUUUUACUUAUCGACUUUCAUUGCCAUUUGACAACAGUAGAAGUAUCCGGCUAUCUUGCUGGUAAAUGGGAUGCCAGUAGACAGCAUCUGCGAGUGACGAAAGCUUACCCAUGUCGCUAUGAUGAUUCGUUCAAAGAAAAAGAUAUAGAACAAGUUGAAAAUGAGAUUUACGAGGACAUGGAAUCAAAAGGUUACGUACUGCUGGGUUGGUAUCACAACCAUUCUUUUUGUCAACCCGAUCCCAGUUUGAAUGAUAUUAAGAGUCAACUAGGAUAUCAAAAGGCCUUAAAGGAUGGACACUACGAACCUUGCGUUGGCUUAAUUGUAUCACCUUAUGACUCCUACAAAAAGGAAUCGCAAUUCAAUGCAUUUUGGGUACGCGAGCCAUCCGAAUCGAGUCCGAACCAAAUCGGGUUACCGUUAUCCGUUCGGUUUACCACGCAUCAAGAUCAGGUGCUAACGCAAGAUCUUAUCAAUGAAAUGGUUUCAUUGGUCAACUUCUAUCGCAACGCAUCAGACGUUGUUAAAUUUACUGAAAUCUGGUCCGCAGAUUCAUCGUAUCUAGACAAGCUAAAGCACUCCGUUAUCCGGAAGUUUCCACAAGAUCAAACCGACGGGAGAUUUCUUGAUUUCAUUCAUAAGAUGUUAAUGGCUGCUUGUAGCUGAAAAAUUCAACAACCUAAAGAAAUGGUACAUUUUAAAAGGUGGGUUAUGUCCCAUGAAGACAGUAAAACUGAGAUCUUUUGUGGUGGGAUGGCUGUUUUUGACGAGUAAUGAAGAUGAAGAUGAAAUUCGAAUAAAUUUGAAUCCAAAAAUAACUGAUUGUAUGCGAAAAUACAUUUUUGAUAUAUAAUUGAUAUGAUAUUCACAGAAAAAUGCAAUAAAAACUAAAAAAAUAUAAAUUGC